AUGAAAAAACCAAUACCUUCGGAUGUCUGGGUCUUCGUGCCGUGGGCGUCGGAGUACUUGGCGCAGCGGCUCGUCCGGGGCAUCUACAUCCAGGGCCUGCAGGAGGCGGGCGACGGGGCCGAGGUGGGCCCGAUCCAGUUGGGCGGGCCAGCAGCGAUGGUCGCCAUCGAAGCAGCCAGUGGCUCCGGCGGGCCCGAGGGGCGCGGGGCCUGCUGCCUCGCGGACGGCUUCCAUGCUAUAUGGGCAGUAGGCCUCGCGCGCAACGCCGUGGAGAGGCAGGGCGCGGCCAAGCUGGCGCAGGCGGCGGCGUUGUUUGCGGGUCUGGCUUCCCGCCGCCGCAUUUUGAAGCGGGCCCCCAGCUUGCGCGAGCUGAUGGCGAGCUUCGACGGCGAGGCCGUGGACGGCGCGAUGGGCGCCACCCUGGCGAGGGGCAUCGGCGUCGGGGAGGAGGCGAGCAACCCUGUCGACGCUAAUUUGGCUAUGGCGGUAGCGCAGGCGAACCUCCACAACGCUGCGGAGCCGCUUCGCCUGCAAAGAGCAUCGACCCCGGCGCCCGUGCAUCCGAAGGCGGGCGAGGCUGUCCUAGGCGCCUCGGUCAGGAAGUACCACCUGGAGGACUUGUUCUCUCAGCGCGGCGAAGUGGCCCACGCGUCGUUCGUCCACGAUAAGCGGUGGAAGAGACAGCCCAUGGCGCUCGGCGAGUCCAAACGCCACAAGGAUGCGAAGGUCGCGCUGGCAGCGCUGCGCGCGGGAUACAAGUUCUUCGCGAGCGACGACUACCAGGUGGCGACGCAGUGGGAAUCAGAACCGCCAGCAGUGGGCGCGGGCUCGGACGGAAAGGAGAAGACAGUCCCACCGUUCCCGAACUGCGAGGCCCGCGGCCAGCAGAUGGGCUGGAUCACCCUCCGCUGCACGUACCAUAUCUCAGCGCGCAACGCUACUGCGAGCUCUUGGCGGGCGAUGCGAUGGCCAGGGCCCGGCCGCCUGACUCCAGCCAGGAAGGCUAGCGAUGAUGAGCAGCUGGCGCAGGACCUGGACCGCCCACCGGGCACCUUGUCCCCGCGCAAGCGCGACGACCACGCGGCGCGCGCGCUGGAGAGCCGCAGGGCGGCCGCCAAGGGCUGCGAGGUGAACGACGGCAAGGGCAAGCCGAGGGGCGGCAAGGCGGGCAUCGCCCGGCCCGGUGCUGGCCUGGCCCAGAUCGGUGCCAGUGUACAGACAGGUGGGCCGGAGCGCUCCUGGCGGCCCCGCGGCCUGCGCAUGCGGCCCCGCGGGCCCGCGGCCCGCGCGGCCAGCUCGGCGGCCCGCUCCGCGGCGGCGGCCGCCAACGUGCGCAGCACGCCCGCGCCGCCGCGGCCGCCAGGCGCCCCGGAGCUUCCGCGCGCCGCCCACGUCAUCGCGUGCUGCACCGAGUACCGCCAGGAGACGGCCAUCCUGCAGCGCAGCGCCACGCGCAACGGCUUCGCGUUCCACGCCGUCGGCGUGGGGGAGCCGUGGGGCGGGUUCGCCACCAAGUUCCUGUGCUACGAGCGGGCGCUGCAGGCCCUGGUCGGCGCCGACAUCGCGCCGGACGACGUGGUCAUACUGACAGACGCCUGGGACACCGUCAUCCUGGGAGGCGUGGACGAGCUCCUGGCGAAGGUCGCCGCGGUGCCCGCCGGGACCCUCCUGUGCGGCUCGGAGCGCGUCUGCGGCCCGAACCAUUUCUUGGUGGGCAGGAUUGAGGCGCUGUACCCAGAGGACAGGACGCCCUGGCGGUACCCCAACUCGGGCGGGCUCGUCGGCCCCGCCAGCGUUAUGCAGGCUCUGAUGCACGCCCUGGUGCACCAGGCGGGCAGCGGAAGGCUCGCGGCCGAGGAGAACGACCAGGUGCACCUCCACGAGUUCCUGCUGGACCAGGCGGACGCCGGGAGCCCCUUCCCGCUGCAGCUGGACGUGAGCUGCUCGGUCUUCCAGUGCAUGUACGAGGAGGCGCCCCAGUGGCACGUGGAGGCGCGGGACGACGCGAACGAGAACACGCGCCCUCGGAUUGUUAACAACCUCACAGGCGAGCGGCCGGUGGUGGCGCACGGCAACGGCCACACCGGGCGCUGGUUUUUGUCAGCCCUGUUCGCCGAGAUGCGGCUGCUGCAGUUCCUGGGGCUGCGCAUGGAGGAGCUCGCGCACCUGCCCCACGAGAUGCCGGUCGCGCCAGGCACCGCGGUGACCGAGGAGGUGAAGGCCCAGUACUGCCCCUGGUGGUACAUGCCCGGCAUGCACAAGGCUCGAUGUCGAGUGGCGCACGGCAGCGCCGGCCAGGGCGCCACCGACGGGUUCGCGACCUUCUACAUGAUCCGGGACAUGCAGCGGCGCACGCCAGGCUGGAUGCCCGGGGGUUGAGCCCAUGUUCGGCCGCCUCCUGGCUCGGGGUGC